CGAGAACUCAGACCCCUUUCGUUUUCCGUAGCUGCCUUUUCGGGCCGGUGUCAUGUCUGCUCCCAUGCUGAACGCGUGGUAGAAAUAAUCGCUAUUUUCCCCUCAUCCUUCUGAUGCUGUUAUUCUGAAGAAGUCAUUCAGAGUCAUGGCAGAGUCGGUACAAGACAAAAGUGCCACCGGACUAGAAUUCGCGGAGCAGCAGCUUCUGCGCCAUGGAUGGGAAAAAGGUAAAGGUCUGGGCAGGACAGAGAAUGGCAUCUCAGAAGCUGUUAAAGUCAAAAUUAAGUGUGGCAAAGGAGGGAUUGGCCAUAAUGAAGGUGAACAGUUUACUUUCCACUGGUGGGACCAUGUUUUUAACAAAGCAUCCUCUAAUCUGGUUGUGGAAACAGGGCAGGAUGGUGUGUUGGUGAAGGCAGACGAUGACAGUGAUGGAUUGAUCUCCAACAAGAAGCCACGCAAGGCUCAGCAAGCCAAGUCCAUGCUCUAUGGACGGUUUGUGAAGUCAGCCACUCUGCUCUCAGGUGAAGAGCAGCCGGACAAGACCUCUGAUUCAGAUGAUAGCAGCAGUAGUUCUGAAGAUGAGGACCAGAAACUGGACCUCUCCAGCGCUACAAAGUUAUCAGAUGAAGACUUGCUUAAAGCUUGUGGAGGACGAACAGCACACAAAGGGGCAAGACAUGGGCUCACUUUGAGUGCCAAACUGGCCCGUCUUGAGCAGCAGGAACAAGAGUUCAUGAUUAAGUAUGGUAAAAAGAACCAAACUUCAAAGACACCUCAAAGCAAAACAGUUGUCUCCGAUCCAAACACUGAGGGAAGUCCUGAUAUUACAGAGAAAACAAAAUGCAAGAAAUCAAAAAGCAAAGAGAAACCCUCAGAGAAUGAUAUCCAUUAUGGUCAGACCACAAGACAUAUCCUUGGACGUAAUGAAAUUGUUGACAGCAAACCCAAAAAGAAUAAAAACUCUAAUGGGCUGCCUGCCUCAAUAAACGAGGAUACGAUGGCAGAUACUGAGCCUAAGAAAAAGAAAAAUCGCAAAAAAAAGAAUGCCUUACCAGAAGAGGUGAAUGGGGACUGCAGCAUAGCAGUAAAUAAGAUGUCCACACACUCAACUGAGAGACCACAGCAACAGAGGACAGAGGAAGAAGCUUUACACCAACUGAUGAAUGACAGUAUCCCCAAGAAGAAGAAGAAGAAAAAGAAGAAACAAUCAGAGAUGGUUGCUGUAGCUGAGGAGGGAGUGACAGCUGACACAGAUGUGAUCAGUGAGGAUUCCACAGACAGCCGUGACAAACAAUCACAGAAGGACAGUUCUGAGAAUAAACAAACUUCUGACAGUGCCUCCAAGAAGAAAAAGAGAAGAAAGAAAGCCUCCAUGAACCACCAUGAAACAUCUCCAUCCAUUGAUGUGGAAAACUCCACCAGUGUUGUGACGACAAUAACAGAGGACACUAGCACAGUACGACUGAAUAUAGACACGGAAACAGAAGGACAGGAGAAAAAGCCGAAGAAGAACAAGAAAAAGAAACAAAGAGAUGUGGUAGAGAAUUUUGAGGAGUCUGUGCCAAAGAAAAAGAAAAGCAAAGAGUAAAUUCAAAUGGUACCAAAUUCAUUACAACGGUGGCAGUCAGUGUUGAAUGAUGACAAGUUUUCUUUUUGGGUCAACUGUCGCUUUAAGAAUCUGGGCUGCUGUUAUUCUAAAAAGUAACUGUUGUUGAGUUUUGGACUAUUCGUUCAUAUUUAUUCUUACAAAUCAUUGUGAAUCUUUUA